ACAUCAAUUUUCCCAGCAUGCACCGUUUAGGAGAUUCCAGAAAAUCCCAUUUCCGUCAUGGCUGAGGAGCUCUUCAGUAAAGGGAACGAAGCGUUCGUAGCAGAAAACUACGAGGAUGCAGUCGAGCUUUAUUCCUCUGCAAUUGAUACAGAUAACAGUAAGGCAGAAUUCUUCAUACACAGAGCCCACGCAUACAUCAAACUUGAAAAUUAUUCGGAUGCUCUUGUGGAUGCAAGAAAAGGGAUAGAUCUGGAUCCCAAAAAUGGAAAAGCCUACCUGAGGGAGGGGGUUGCCUUAUAUCACCUGGAUAUGAAAGCAGAAGCCAAAGGGGCAUUUGAACAGGGCUUGAAAUAUGAUGGUUCUGACAAAACCCUGAAUCAGUGGUGUGACAGAUGCGUGAAGGAACUUUCAGAACCGACCUCUCAGGCAGUGCCAAAAGGAGGUCAGCAGUCCACUCCACAGACUAUAGCAAUGCCCAUUCCAGCAAAAAUAAGGCAUGACUGGUAUCAAACAGAGACACAUGUCAUUGUCACAAUUUUAAUAAAAAAUGUCAAAAAAGAAGAUUUGACAGUGGAAUUUCAGGAAAAAAUGUUGAGUGUCACCAUCAGGUUGUCCUCAGGCUCAGACUACAGUCUGGAACUGGACCUGGCCAACCACAUAGUACCAGAACAGAGUAUCACAAAAAUUCUCAGCUCAAAAAUUGAAAUAAAAAUGAAAAAAGCUGAAGGGGUGAGGUGGACACAUUUAGAGGGAGAUUCAGACGAAAAAAUUAAACAGUUCAAGCCAACUCCAUCAACCCAACCAAAGUCAGACAACCCUGACAUCCACAAGUACCCCUCCUCCAGCCACUCCUACCACGACUGGGACAGGAUGGCCGCCGAACUGGCCAAGGAGGAAAAAGAGGAAAAACUGGAGGGAGACGCAGCCUUGAAUAAACUAUUCCAGCAAAUAUACAGCGAUGGCAGUGAUGAGGUCAAAAGGGCCAUGAAUAAAUCUUUUAGUGAGUCAGGCGGCACAGUAUUAAGUACAAAUUGGGGAGAUAUUGGAGCCAAGAAAACAGAAGUCAAGCCUCCGGAUGGGAUGGAGUACAAGAGUUGGGAGUACUGAAACCAUUUCUGGUUCACAUAAUCGAGCAAUAUAGUGCAGAUAUUCCUGUGUUUGACUACAUAAGCUGAGCCAAAUGAAAUUAUGUCUCAAGGAGUGUCAUACCUGAAAUUUGAAUGGGAAGCUAAUUCUCUCCAAAAUUUGACUGGUUUUGCAAACUCACUAAGUGAACAACAAUUCUUUGAACAUUACUAGAUGGGUUUGAGGACUGUGUCAUGGAUGUGACGAGGACUGUGUCAUGGAUGUGACGAGGAUUAGAUAAAUUUCACACUGUACACAGCUAACACAAUUGGGACAAUUUUUCUGAUCCAUGGCUCCAAGCUUGUGAUUAACUCAAUUCUAUUAUCUAAUGGAUUGAAAGAACUCAAACUAUGGCGUUUAACAUAAAGAUGCAUAAUGCAGUUUCCUAACUAGCAUCAACAAGAACAUUACUUUUUUUUUUUUACUUUUUUGACUAGGUAUUCGAUUUCAACAUUUUGAGAUCCUGUUUAGCAUGUGGAUAGCCCUGUGAAUGAUAUGAUCAUUAAGAUGUUUGUAAAUAUGUAUAUGCAUUUUAGAUUUGCUUAUGAUGCACUGCUGACUAGAUAUUUUAUAAUCAGGAUUGCUGUAUGUGUACAUGUCACUCUUAAAUGAAAUUUUCAGAUGGCUUCACAAAAUUUAUUAUACACAAGGGAAAGGAACAUGUUUCCCAAAAAAAAACCACGAGUGAAUCUAACUGAAAUUUAAUCCAUAUCUGAACUGAUGUUCUGGACGAUUUAUUGUCUAUAAAGACUUGGGUGAAUAAAGAUAUUUUGCAAAUAAUAA